AUGAGCAGGCAAGUUUUGAAACUUCAAAACCCCAAUAGUAGGUCACGAUCAAGAUCAAGAUCAAACUCUCCCACCAAGCUUUUUGGAUCAGUAACUCCUUCCGGAACAAGGUCAAGGUCAAAUACUCCAUCUCUUUCAGCAUCUCCGACAAAAGAGAUACUUAUGCCCUCAAGCACACUUCAACAAACUGAUCCCAGUGAGUUGCUCAAGAGCAGUCGUAACGAAAUUCGUAAAAGAUCUCCUUCAUUCACAAUCUAUCAGGAUGAUUGCUACUAUAGAGACACUCUUCAAUAUACCCAGCAGAAUGAGUUAGCAUCAGUAGAUGAUAGUGAUAAAGAAAACGCGGGAACAACGCAAAAGAAAGAAAUAACCCAGCCUGCGGUAUUAUCUUCCCAGAGAUCUCCAUUGAGUGACCUGUCGAUUUACCAAUUUCCUGGGUUCAUGAAUCUGCAUAACGCUGAUGAUAAGUCAUCAAUUAGCGUCUUGAGGCCUAAGACGCCCUUAACCACCACAUGGAUGAUUUCUACGGAAAACAAAUCCAAAAAACUUUACAUUCCAUCCUUCAUAACUCCACCAAAGAGGAACCGUGUUAUCAAGUAUGUAUCCAGUUUAAACAACAAGCAAAAAGGUCCAAAACGAUUGGAUUUUACAGACGAUUGUCGAGACUUGAACACAUUGCUUCCCAAGCCCAUCUCUUUGCAUUAUGACAACUUUUAG